AGAUGGACAUCUUUUUCAGAGCUAGCAAGAGAACUGGAUUUCACAGAAGAGCAAAUUCACCAGAUCCGAAUUGAAAAUCCUAAUUCACUUCAAGACCAGAGCCAUGCGCUCCUCAAAUACUGGCUUGAAAGGGAUGGGAAACAUGCAACAGAUACAAAUCUUACCCAGUGUCUUACCAAAAUCAACCGAAUGGAUAUUGUCCACCUAAUGGAGACCAGCGGCAUAGACUCCAGGCAGGUCCACGGCACUCGCACCUACGCAGAGAUUGAACAAACGAUAGGGUUGGACCAUAGUGAAGGGUUUUCGGCACUGCAAGAAGAGCUAUAUAGUUCAAGACAUAAGCAAGAAGGACAACACAGAGUAUCUAAAGACAGCGAGCCAACGGAACACCCUCCUAUUGUCUCUGAGGAAGACGUGUCUGUCAGUUACUCUCCUUUUCAGGACAGCACUCCCAGGAGUGAGGCAGAAGUAUCAAUGGCUGAGCUCCUGAGACAAGGACAUAAGGAACAAGUGGAAGCUGAAUUCUCAGGGAAAACCCAAGAUAUGCCAGAAAAAACAUCUGUUUCGCAACAUGAAUAUUU